AUGCUGACUUUGCACGCUCCGCAUCCAUUAAGUUCACUUACAGACAAAGGUCGCGGAAUGGGUUGCUUCUGUUUUGGGAGUUCUGCGAAUAAAGAACCUGCGGCUAAAGCUGAAGAGCCUAAAGUGGAGGAAGUACCAGAAGUUAUCGAGGAACCAGAAGAGCAGAUAGUAUAUGCUGGUAUUCAAGAUAGAGCCAUAUGGAACUGCCCUGGAGCCCGACACAUCUCAGGAGAUUUUUCGAUGGCGGUCUGUCAGGCGAACGCGAUACUCGAAGAUUUCUCCAUUGUCCAAAGCGGGAAUUUCGGCACAUUCGUUGGGGUUUUUGACGGACACGGCGGGGCCCAAGCUGCAAGCUUUCUCAAUGACAACAUGUAUUCCAUAUUGGAUAGAGUCACAGAGGAAUCUGGUGGGCCGAGUGAAGAAACUUUCAGAAAGGCUUUUGAAGAUGCAGAAGCGCAAUUUCUGGAAGUAGUCAGAGAAAACUGGAAGAUGAAGCCGAUCUUUGCAGCAGCAGGCUCGUGUGCUCUUGUUGGGUUAAUAAACGCAUCCACUCUUUACAUUGCUUCAGUGGGCGACUCUAGAGCAGUUGUCGGCUCAGUUGAUCCCGAUGGCGAUGGUACUUCUCUACGAGCAGAGGAGGUUUCAGAAGAGCACAGUGCUAGCUGUGAGAAGACCAGGCAGCAGGUCAAGGACAUGAUUCAAGGGGACGACAACAUUCUUGUCGAGAAAGGUGGUGUUUGGCGAGUGAAGGGGAUUAUCCAGGUGACCCGUUCGAUUGGAGAUUUCUACUUGAAGCAUCAAGAGUUUCAAAACAAUCCAUUGUACACUCGGUUUCGCUUGAAGGAUCCCCUUACUACCCCAGCCCUCAUCUGCCAGCCAUCAGUACUCGUCAAGCCGUUGACUGAGAAGGAUCGAUUCGUUGUCUUCGCUUCAGAUGGGCUUUGGGAAAACGUCUCGAAUGAGGAGACGGUGGAAAUCGUAUCAAAAUUUCCAAGACUGGGAAUAGCAAGGCGCCUGGUGAAGCUCGCCAUGAUUCGAGCGGCAAAGAAGCGGAAGCUGACCUAUGGUGAUCUGAAAACGCUAGGACCGGGUCGUAGGCGACAGGUGCAUGAUGACAUCAGUGUCGUGGUUCUGUUUUUGGACAAUGCUGCGGGUAAGGGCAAGAAGAAGCCGAUUGCUGACAUCACGGUGCGAUCUUAUCAGCCACUCACACCCCGGCCAGAUGAUGGUUCAGUUCCAGCAGAGGACGACAUUCCAGAUGAUUUUGCAUUUGGUGAAGAGAGCAGCAGUGCCACUGAUGCGGAUGGGGCUGCAAGCACACCAGCAGCAGAGUGA